AUGUUUGCAAACUUGACAGAAGCAAAGGUCUUCUCUAAAUUUGAUUUGAAGUCUCAAAACGACACUUCUUUACUUCAAAAGGCAAUGGUGAAAAUUUUUCAACCACUUCUCAAAACAACAUUGAUCUAUAUCGAUGAUAUUCUCAUGUUCUCUGACAUUAUGGAUAUUUAUGAACUACUCCUCCAAAGAUUUAUAGAUAUUGUCACAAAAUAUGGUAUUAUGCUAUUCCAGAAAAAGAUGAUCGUUGUAACAUCAGAAUUUGAUUUUGGAAUGCAUAUAAAAAUGGAAAAUAUUCUUUACAGCCGCAUAUUGCUGAAGACUUCACAAGUGUCUGAUUACAACUUGACAAAACAACAAGCACAACAAUUCCUUGGAGUGGUGAAUUAUAUGACUUAUUUUCUCAAAUAG